AUGACUAAUAAUUCAGAUGUCUUUAAUUUAAGAUCAACUAUAUAUGAUAGUUUGAGUAAUAUAUUUGAAGAAAAUAUUGCAAAUAGUAACGAGACUAAUACUGACACUAUAGAAUUGAUCACUACAGUAAACAAAGGAGAUAUAAUUAAGAAAUUAAUGAACGAAUUAGAAACAAAACUAACAAAUGAGAUGAGACAGAAAAUAGAAUAUGCUUUUCUUACAAAAUAUAUUGAACAAAAAUGGAUCCCACGUGGACUAAGAAUAAAAAAACAAUGUUCUUUUAAUGUGGAAGAUGAGACAUUUAUAAAGAAAUGGAGAGAUAUUCUAGAGAAUGCCUCUCUAAAAUUGAUGGAAUUAAUAAAAGAAUAUAGAGGGGAUACACUAAUAAAAUUAGGGAAUGAAAUCAAUGAAUUAGAAUUACAGUUGCAAAAAUACAAAUUAGAUAAAGAAUAUCUUGAAAAGGAAUUAAAAAUAAAAGAGAUGAUGAAUAGGACUAAAAAAGAACUAUUAGACAUAAAAAAGAAAAAAAACAUUGAAAACACUGAAGUUAAAAAUAGUGCCACCAACAUUGAAAGAAAAAAUACAGAUCAAGAUCGUGAUGAUAACACAUCAUGGAGAACACCUCACCAUAAUUAUAGGCGAUCUAAUGAUCACUUUCAAGCAAACACAAAUAAUACAAACCACUAUAGAAGCACAACGUUUGCACCUUACAAAGAUAAUGGAGAUAUUAGAUAUAAUGAUCACGUCAAAUUCAAUGAAUAUGAUAAUCAUAAUAGAAAUAAUGGAUUUAAAGAGAAUUUUGGAUAUCAAUAUAAUUAUAGAAAAAAUACAUACCCAACAAAUGAAAGACAGAUGAGCCAAUAUAAUUAUUGGGAUAGAAAUUACAAUAAUAGAAGAUUCAAUUCUUAUGAGAAUAGGAAUGUAUACUUCAGAGAGCACGACAGACAGGAAAAUAAUUAUAGAAAUUUUCAGUCCCAAAAUAGAUCAACACAAAAUGGGAAAGGGAAUUAUGAAUCCUAUAAUAGGUUUGAACCACUAAGAUAUAUAAAUACAGAGAAUGGGACAGACAAAGGGAAUCAGGAUCACUAUAAUGAGAGCAGAGAUUUUUUAGGAGUAGGACGAAUGAUCAGGGAGCCAAUACCACCAGAGAGGGAAAACAAGAAUUCAAGAAAGAGAAAGGAGUCAGAAAGAGAGGAACAAGAGGAAAAUUAUUAUGUAAAACCAAAAGACAAGAAAAAGAAGUAG